UCAAAUCUUCAAAUCGCACCCACUACGCUAGCUGUUUAUAUACCACCAACAAUUUCCUUAAUUGUCCUCCCAUGGCCACAUUCGUCAGGGAAGAUGGGGUUUCAUUGUCAACUACAGACGUGGCGCCCAGUCACUUCAUAUUCAAGAUUCAAUCCGUGUCUUUACUUACAGAAUACAACGUGAACAAGUGCACUUCAGCUCAGUUCGAAGCCGGAGGCUACAAAUGGAAGUUGAUUUUUUACCCAAAUGGGAACAAACGGAAUGAUGUUACAGACCACAUAUCUAUGCACCUAGCAAUGGCGGAUACCAGAGGUUUCCAACCCGGCUGGGAAAUCUACGCCGUGUUCCGCCUCUUCUUGCUUCAUCCAAACAACGAUACCUAUUUGCUCAUUCGAGAUGUGCAAGAAAAAGGGAGGCGGUUUCGUGAGACGAGGACGGAAUGGGGAUUCGACAGAGUCAUCCCUGUCGGAACGUUCAAUGAUCCUUCGUAUGGAUAUGUGGUGGACGAUGUAUGCGUGUUUGGUGCAGAGGUUUAUGUGCAUAAAGAGUUGAGAUUCUAUAAAGGAGAGUGUUUGUCAAUGAUAAAGACCCUGAUCCUACUAAGUAUAUUUGGACAAUCUUCAAUUUUUUUGUUCCCGAGAAGCCCUACCACGAUUCCCCCAUAUUCCAACAAUGGAAGAUGCGGGUAUAUCCAAACGGGAAGGACGGCAAGGGCACCCACGUGUCCUUGUCUUUACAUCUAGCUCUGGGUGGUGAACA